CGACGUGUUUCCGUGGUGAAAAGGGAGGUUAAUUGGACUUGAGGACUUGUUGGCUCUUUCUCCGGCUGCUUUACGCACGGCGGCGGCGGCGCGGCGCGGCGCGGAGCGGCUGUGGCGCACCUGAGUCCGCUGCCUGCGCUCUUUGUGGAGCGGCAGGAUGAUCCCGGCGCGUCCGAGCCGCUGAACCUACCAUGGUGACAUUACCCCAGCCGUGCUGAACCCCCGCUGGAUACGCAGCCGCUCAGUGUGGGCUCCGGGGAGUCCAGGUGCCACCGGGGCAGAGCUGAUGUGGCCGCUCGGAGCGGCCGGCCGGGAUUUGACAGAGCGCAGGAGUGGGGGAUGCCAGAGAAACCCUAGAGAGACUGUCCUCGGCCUCUUUCACCUGGAUCCGACACGGCCCGAGCGCAGCCAUGGCCUCUGAGGUGGUGUGUGGGCUGGUCUUCAGGUUGCUGCUGCCAGUCUUUUUAGCAGCUGCCUGCCUCUUCAGGUACAAUGCCCUGUCCUUCGUCUACCUCAUCUACCUCCUGCUUAUUCCGCUCUUCGCGGAGCCGACGAGCACCACGAUGCAAGGCCACACAGGCCGUCUGCUGCAGUCCCUCUGCUUCACCAGUAUGUCCUUCCUGCUGCUCCACAUCAUCUAUCAGAUUACCGUCAACAGCCUCCUGGCCGGGAAGUCCAUCGCCUCCGACUUCAACUGUUCCACGUGGGAAAAAUCGCUUCGACAGAUUGGCUUCGAGAGCGUGAUCGGCGCAGACGCCGGGAACGGCAUCCGGGUCUUCUUCCCCGACAUCGGCAUGUUCGUGGUGGGCCUGGCCAUCUGGCUGCUGUGCCGCAGCCUGGUCCAGAAGAGGCCCCCCGAGGACAUGGCCCAGUACAACGCUGACUUCGAAGCGGAGGAGCAGGAGGAAGAGGAGAAGCUGAGCCUGGACGACAACAUCCUGCUGGAGGAGGACCUGGAGGCCGGGUACGAGGCCGAGGAGGACGAGGACGACGAGGAGCUGGGCGGGGAGGAGGAGGAGGAGGAGGAGGAAGAGGAGGACGAGGAAGAGGUGAAGGAGAGCGCCAAGAUGAAGGUGCUGCGGCUGGUGGCGCAGGUGGCGUCCAAGGUGAAGGAGAUCAUCGGGAACCUGAUCACCACUGCGGGGAAGGUGGUGGUCACCAUCCUGCUGGGCCUGACCGGGGUCAUGCUGCCCUCGUUGACCUCGGCCGUUUACUUCUUCAUCUUCCUCUUCCUGUGCACCUGGUGGUCGCUCUGCCGCACCUUCAACACGCUCAUCUUCAGCUGCAUGUGCGUCCUGAUGGCCAUCUUCAGCGCCGGACACCUCAUCGUGCUCUACCUCUACCAGUUCCAGUUCUUCCAGGAGUCCAUCUCGCCCAGCGACGACUACAUCAGAGUGUUUGGCCUGUCGCCCAUCGUCCAGACCAACUGCUCUCACACGUGGAAGCUCAUGGUGCACCCGGAGCGGAAGUGGUACCACUUUGUGAACCCCAUCAUGCUGCUGGUGCUCUACUACACCCUGGCCACGCUCAUCCGCCUCUGGCUGCAGGAGCCCAUCGACCAGCUGAUGGACGACAAGGAGGACGAGGCGUGUGAGGAGGAGGAGGAGGGAAACCGGUCCAGCAGCUCGGCCAACAGGAAGAGGCAGAUGUGGUGGGGUGCCCGACGAGGCACCGACGAGAAAAACGCGGUUCCCACCUCCAACGGCACGUCGUUUGAAUUCAUCACGACGGAGAAUGGACCGGUCUGUCUGGACCUGUACUCCACCCCUCAGUACAAAAUGGACCAUCCCGGUAACGGCACCGAGAAGAAGGACGAGUGUGUGUAUGAAGUGUGUUUGCCCCCGGAGGAUUCACCGCUGAAGGAGUCUGAGAGUGAAGAGAACGAGAUCAGGAAGAAGGGACUCGGAGCCAUGGUGAAAGCCUUCCACUUCAUCAUGAAACAGAGCUACAUCUGUGCUCUCAUCGCCAUGAUGGCCUGGAGCAUCACGUACGUCAGCUGGCUGACGUUUGUCUUCCUCAUCUGGUCGUGCACGCUGUGGAUGGUGAGGGACCGGCGGCGGUACGCCAUGCUGUCGGCGCCGUUCAUGGUGGCCUAUGGCAACCUGCUCAUCGUCCUGCAGUACAUCUGGAGCUUCGAGAACAUGAAAGAAGUGGCGGGCUUUUUUGUGAAGAAGGACAACCCCUUCCACUCGCUCUCAUCCAAGGUUCUGUGUCUGCUCAGCUUCUGGUUACUGCUGAGACAGACGCUCAUGGAAAAAGAAGAAAAACUGAAGGAAGACAGCGCCGGACUGUCAGACGUUCACGUGGAGGAGGAGAAGAAGAAGAGGAAGGAGGAGGAGGAGCGUGAGGAUGGCGGCGAGCCGGACGUCAUGCAGGUCCUGGGGAACCUGGUGAUGGCGCUGCUGGUCAAGUACUGGAUCUACAUCUGCAGCGGCAUGUUCUUCUUGGUCAGCUUCGAGGGAAGAGUCGUCAUGUACAAGAUCAUCUACAUGAUGAUGUUCGUGUCCUGCGUGGCGCUCUAUCAGGUCGACUACGAGCGCUGGAGGCGCAUCCUCAAGUACUUCUGGAUGUCGGUGGUCAUGUACACCAUGCUGGUCCUGGUGCUGGUCUACACCUUCCAGUUCACCGACUCCGAGAAGUUCUGGGUCAAAGCACUGCACAUGAAGGAAGAGAGCCUGGCGGACCUGGGCCUGGAGCGCUUCACGGUGACCAAGCUCUUCACCAGGAUCUUCAUCCCCACCUCCUUCCUGCUGGUCUGCAUCCUCCACCUGCACUACUUCCACGACCGCUUCCUGCAGCUGACCGACCUCCAGGCCGUGGUGGCUAAAGAGGAGAGCACCAUCUACAGGCUGGUGCACCAGGACGGCAGCCUGGCCGACCUCACCAUGCUCAGCGCCAGCUCGGUGGACACGGCGCUGUCCAGGAGGGAGGAGGAGGAGGCCUGGGGCCAGGAGCUGGAGCUGGACCGGGACCGGGACCGGGACCAGGCUCUGGUGGUGGUGAUGGACGAUGCCGACGCCACCCGGGAGAAGCCCAAAAGCCUCUCGGACCAGCGGCAGUCCAGCACCGAGGAGAGCCAGCGCAGUGCGGCGACGGAGCCCGAGCCCAGCACGGACCAGACCUCGGAUUUGAAGAACAAAUGGCACCUGGUGGUGGACCGCCUGACGGUGCUCUUCCUCAAGUUCCUGGAGUAUUUCCACAAACUGCAGCUGUUCGUCUGGUGGCUGCUGGAGAUCCACAUCAUCAAGAUCGUCUCCUGCUAUAUGAUCCUGGUCUCAGUCCGGGAGGUGUCUUUGUUCAACUAUGUGUUCGUGGCGUCCUGGGCCUUCGCGCUGCCCUACAGCCAGUACCGGCCGCUUGCCUCCAGUGUUUGCACAGUCUGGACGUGUGUCAUCAUCGUGUGUAAAAUGGUGUACCAGCUGAAGACUAUAAACCCUCCGUCAAACUAUCAGAACUGCACCAUGUCGGACAGCUACUCCACGGACGAGAGGAUGGCGCUGAAGGAGUCGUUGCUGUACCGUGCGCCGGUGGAUCCGGCCAACUGGGUGGGCCUGAAGAAGGAGGCUGACAUGCUGGGUUACCUCAGGAACAACCUGCUGAUGCUGGCCCUGCUGGCGUUUGAAGUGACCAUCUACCGCCACCAGGAGUACUUCCGGCUGAGGAACAAGCUGCCGCCGCCCGCCGCCAGGACCAUCUUCCACGACAUCACGCGGCAGCACCUGGACAUCGGCAUCAUCUGCUUCAUCAAAUACUUCAUCAACUACUUCUUCUACAAGUUUGGCCUGGAGACAUGCCUGCUGCUGGUGGUCAACGUCAUCGGCCAGAGGAUGGACUUCUACGCCAUGCUCCACGCCUUCGCCCUGAUCGCGGUCAUGUACCGGCGGAGGAGGAAAGCCAUCGCCGAGAUCUGGCCCAAGUACUGCUGCUUCCUGGCCUGCAUGCUGACCUUCCAGUACUUUGUGUGCAUCGGGAUCCCGCCUGCCGCCUGUAAAGAUUAUCCCUGGAGGUUUCCCAACUCCACCACCGACUCCAACGUGGUCAAGUGGCUCUACGUGCCGGACUUCCGCACCCAGCCCAACCCCAACUUCCUCAUCUACGACUUCAUGCUGCUGCUCUGUGCCUCCCUCCAGAGGCAGGUCUUUGACGACGAGAACAAGGCGGCGGUCCGCCUCAUGGCGGGGGACAACGUGGAGAUCUGCAGAGACCUGGACGCCGCCUCCUUCAGCGUGCACAACCCCGUCCCCGACUUCAUCCACUGCAGGUCGUACCUGGACAUGCUGAAGGUCAUCAUGUUCAGCUACCUGUUCUGGUUCGUCCUCACCAUCAUCUUCAUCACCGGCACCACGCGGAUCUCCGUCUUCUGCAUGGGCUACCUGGUGGCCUGCUUCUACUUCCUGCUGUUCGGGGGCGAGCUCCUGCUGAAGCCCAUCAAGAAGAUCCUCCACUACUGGGACUUCCUCAUCGCCUACAACAUCUUCGUCAUCACCAUGAAGAACAUCCUGUCGAUCCUGGCCUGUGGCUACAUCAAGUCUCUGGUUGAGAACCGGUGCUGGUUGAUCCAGCUGUUCAGUCUGGCCUGCACCAUCAAGGGAUACGACACCAAAGUGAACCAGGAACACCGAGAUGUUAAUGAGCACUGCGACCUUCCCAGUGACGAGGCCGGGAUCAUCUGGGACAGCAUCUGUUUCGCCUUCCUGCUGCUGCAGAGACGAGUCUUCAUGAGCUACUACUUCCUCCACGUGGUGGCGGACAUCAGGGCGUCCCAGAUCCUGGCCUCCAGGGGGGCGGAGCUUUUCCAGGCCACCAUAGUGAAGGCGGUGCGAGCCCGACUGGAGGAGGAGCGCAAGUCUGUGGAGCAGCUGAAGAGACAGAUGGAGCGCAUUAAGGUGAGGCAGCAAAAGUUUAAGAGGGGCAAGGAGAGGAUGCUGAGCAUGGCCCAGGAGUCUGGAGACGGACAGACGCUGGUCCAGCCGGAGGACGAAGACGAUGAUGACGGAGCACAGCGAACGAAAGCCAAGACCAAAAAAAAGCAGUGGUGGAGGCCGUGGGUUGACCAUGCUUCCAUGGUCAGGAGUGGAGACUAUUACUUGUUUGAAACCGACAGUGAGGAGGAAGAGGAGGAGGAGGAGAAAAAGGACGAGGAGCCGCUGAAGAAGUCUGCCUUUCAGCGAGCCAUUGGAAAGUUUGUGUCUGCCGUUCUGGCUUUACCCAAGUCUAUCAUUAAGCUGCCUAAAUCUGUGCUGCAGUAUGUAGUGAAGGCAGGAAAGUUUCUGUACCAAGCCUGGAUCACCGACCCCAAAGCCGCCCUGCGGGCCCGAGGCAAGGACCGGCGCAAGUUCUGGAAGAAAUACACCAAAGGAAUGAGGCACAGGAAGAGCAAGAAGGAUGCAGGUCAUGUGACCAUCGAUCUCGGGGAGCUGUCUGACGAACAGGAGAAAGGAGACGACAACAAGAAGUCAGACGGUCCAGACAACAUCAUCAAGCGGGUGUUCAACAUCAUCAAGUUCACCUGGGUGCUCUUCCAGACCACCAUCGACAGCUUCACCAAGUGGAUGAACGACAUGUGCAGAGAGUACAUCGACAUCUCCACCGUGCUGCGCAUCGAGCGCUGCAUGCUCACCCGGGAGGUCAAGAAGGGCAAUGUGCCGUCCAGAGAGAGCAUCCACGUGUACUACCAGAAGGCCAUGAGGCUCAACAUGUCCAGACAGGCCAGCAUGGACCAGCUGAGCGAGGAUGACACGGCCUCGGGAUCCAGCCGGGCGCCCCGCAGACGGGGAGGCUAUCGCAUGGAGAGCCAGGACUCCACGGCCUCCAGAGACAGCAUGUCCAGCGCCUUCACCGAGGCCACCACGCUGUUCUCCCGCCAGUCCACGCUGGAGGACAUGGACGCAGAGAGCAUCCCCAAAACCAGCGAGCGAGCCAGGCCCAAGCUGCGCAAGAUGUACGGCCUGGACGUGUCCACGUCCUCCAUGGACAGUGGCAGCAGUUUCAUCUCCAGUGAAGCAACGCAGUGUGUGAUGCUCUACUCCAGACAGGGAACCACAGACACCAUCGAGGAGGCGGAGGACGAGCAGGACCAGGUGGAGGACGAGCAGGACCAGGUGGAGGACGAGCAGGAGGACCAGCUGGAGGACGAGCAGGUCCAGGUGGAGGACAGGGAGGUCCAGCUGGAGGACGAGCAGGUCCUGGUGGAAGACAGGGAGGACCAGCUGGAGGACGAGCAGCCAGUUUCCUGGCAGUUCACACAGUUUGAGGAGAUUCCGGGGGCAGAUGGUGGAGAAUGGAGUGAUGGAGAACCCAGAGAGGAAGAAGAGGAGCAGGAGGAAGAUGAAGGACAGCAGGGGUUGGAGGUAGUGGAGGAGGCUCCCUGGGAGUCCUUUGGCCCCGAUGAGGGCCCCUCCCUCAGGCAGGAGGUGGAAUACUCUGCAGGCUUCAUCACAGAGAGUGAGGACUUCCUGCAGACCGGCUGUCCGGACGGACUGCACUACACGCCUGAUACCGACGCGUCCAAGACUUCCGACGCCGACGUGCCUCCCAGUUACAGCAAGGCGGUGAGUUUCGACCGUCUGGAGGUGAGCGACGACGAGAGCGACACCUACAGGAAGAGGCGCCUGCUCAUGACCUCCGACAGCCGCUCGGACAGCCGCUCGGACAUCAUGCUGCCCUCCAUGACCACCGAGCUGACCGCCAGUGAGCUGCUGCUCAACAAGAUGUUUUACGACGAGGAGCUGGAGCAGUCCGAUAAGUUCUACCAGGGCCAGCCUCUCGUCCUGCAGCUCUGCUACGCCCUCUACAACAUGCUGGUGGCGCACUCGGAGCAGGUGUGUUACCUGGUCAUCAUCAUCAACCACAUGGUGUCGGCCUCCUUUGCCACGCUGGUCCUCCCCAUCACCAUCUUCCUCUGGGCCAUGCUGUCGGUGCCCCGGCCCAGCAAGCGCUACUGGAUGACCGCCAUCAUCUACACCGAGUUCACCAUCGUCACAAAGUACUUCUUCCAGUUCGGCUUCUUCCCUUUUAACAAGAAUCCGAUGGACAAAUCCAAACCGUAUCAUCCUCCCAACAUCAUCGGUGUGGAGAAGAAAGAGGGCUACGUCCACUAUGACCUGGUCCAGUUACUGGCUCUCUUCUUCCACAGGUCUAUCCUGAAGUGUCACGGUCUGUGGGACGAAGACGACCCCAAAGAGAAGAAGGAGCCUUCUCGUCACAGUGAGUCUGAGGAUGAGAGGAAAGACAAGGAGGAGAGUGAGCGGGAGUCGGAGCCGGCCUCGUCGCUCAUCAGUGAGCAGAGGAGCUCCACCCACACCCUCAGAUCCAUCAACUUCGGGACCUCCGUCGAUUCGGGACACGUCCAGGUGCAGUACCCGCCGCCGCAGACCUACCAGAGGCGCAAGAGCUCCAGCGGAGGCUCCUACAUCUCCCAUCGAUCGCUCCAUUCCUCAGCGAGGUCCAAAAGAGGAAGUACCACUUCCCACAACAGCAGCCACAAGGACGGCAGCGAGGCCGGCGUCCACCAGAAGACCCGCAAGCAGAUGCUCAUGGAGAAGCUGAGGGAGCAGCUGUUCAAAGCAAAGGCUUUCGCCAUCAAGCGGUUUUUGGAGAUCUACCUUCCCAUGAAGCAGUUCUUCUAUAACCUGAUCCACCCAGACUACAGCGCCGUCACUGACGUCUACGUGCUGAUGUUCCUCGCGGACACGGUCGACUUCAUCAUCAUCGUCUUUGGAUUCUCUGCCUUUGGUAAACACUCGUCGGCAGACAUCACCUCGUCUCUGUCGGAGGACCAGGUCCCGGGACCCUUCCUGGUCAUGGUGCUGAUCCAGUUUGGCACCAUGGUGGUGGACCGUGCUCUCUACCUCCGGAAGUCUGUCAUGGGAAAGGUCAUCUUCCAGGUCAUCCUGGUCUUUGGCAUCCACUUCUGGAUGUUCUUCAUCCUGCCGGGCAUCACAGAAAAGCGCUUCAAUAAGAACACGGUGGCUCAGAUGUGGUAUUUUGUGAAGUGCAUCUACUUCGGCUUGUCGGCCUAUCAGAUCCGGUGCGGCUAUCCCACCCGCGUGCUCGGCAACUUCCUCACAAAGAGCUACAACUAUGUCAACCUCUUCCUGUUCCAGGGGUUCCGCCUGGUCCCGUUCCUGACCGAGCUGCGGGCCGUCAUGGACUGGGUGUGGACCGACACGUCGCUGUCUCUGUCCAGCUGGAUCUGUGUGGAGGACAUCUACGCCCACAUCUUCAUCCUCAAAUGCUGGAGGGAGUCGGAGAAGAGGUACCCGCAGCCGCGAGGCCAGAAGAAGAAGAAGGUGGUGAAGUACGGGAUGGGAGGGAUGAUCGUGGUGCUGCUGAUCUGCAUCGUCUGGUUCCCGCUGCUCUUCAUGUCGCUGGUCAAGUCGGUCGCCGGGGUGGUGAACGCUCCCCUGGACGUCUCCUUCCAAAUCACUCUGGCUGGCUUCCAGCCCAUCUUCACCAUGAGCGCUCAGCAGAAACAGCUGCAGAACGUGACCAAGGCCAACUUCGACAAGUUCAUGAAGUCGUAUUUUCAAAAUGACGAGGCCCAGCAGUGGCUGGAGGGCUACAUGGCGGAGGACCUGAUCAUCGCUGAGCUCAAAGGAAACUCCAACUCUCUGUGGACCAUCAGCCCCCCCAGCAGGGACAACCUGAUCGACAUGCUAAAAUCUGAGGAGGACUUCCCCAUCACGGUGUCCUGGUCCGUGCAGAGAAACGCCACCCUCGGCGCCAAGGCUGAGACGGCAUCUGGGAAACGAGUGACGAAUCUCAGCAAGGACACCAAGCAGGAGCUCAUCAGGCUGCUGAGUGGAAGCGAGGAGAACCUGCAGGUGAAACUGACUGAAAUCUUCCCUCGUUACAUUCGAGCUCCCAGUGAUAACGACGCAAAGCCCGUCGAGCAGCUCUACAGAGACAACAAGAUGCUUGACCUGAAUGUGACUCUGAAGAGAAAUCAGAAAGCGAAUUCGUCGGAUCAGAUCCAGGAGUGGUGGAUCGUGACGCAGACAGAGCCGGGCGUCAUCAAUAUCAGCCAGAAAGCCAAGAGUGAACCAGGACUGGAGCUGUACGUGUUCAGCGACCAAGUCAGCCCGCCCAGCCUGGGCUUCCUGGCCGGAUACGGGAUCAUGGGCCUGUACGCCUCCGUGGUUCUGGUCAUUGGGAAGUUCGUGCGAGAGUUCUUCAGCGGGAUUUCCCACACCAUCAUGUUCGAGGAGCUGCCCAACGUGGACCGGAUCCUCAAACUCUGCACCGACAUCUUCCUGGUCCGGGAGACGGGCGAGCUGGACCUGGAGGAGGACAUGUACGCCAAGCUCAUCUUCCUGUACCGCUCGCCAGAGACCAUGAUCAAGUGGACCCGGGAGAAAACCCAGUGAGCCGGAGGACCCGUCACACCCACCCUGCUCUGCUUUGGUUUUUUUUCUUUUUUUACUCUUUACUGAUGUCAAACAGCGACAGAACUACAAAGUGAGCACAAUUUGCAGGAGCUGCGUUUAUCCAUCCAGAGGAUGAAGUGAGCAGCUCCACACAUCAUUUUCUUAACUUAUAAAAAUGACUCGUGCUGAAGAUGAAAGGGGAUUUUUAAAGGGACUCGUGGCUCUCCACGCCCGCCUCGGACGUUUUCACCACUGCACGGCGGGGGAGGGAACACGCUAAGUGGCUACAGCAUUACUCUUAAGGGCUUCCCACUCACCAAUCCGUGCACAAUAAUGAGCACACGGGCACAAUCUCAGAUUUUCUCCAGCUGGAUUGUGGGACUGUGCAAUACUGAGCUCCUUCCUCCACGUCUGGAGUGAAGACACGGACCAUCUCCCACCUGACAAACCUUUUUUUAAAGUCAGAAGCCACGCCGAAGCAGACAAUCUACCUUGCCUUAUUUAGUUUUUACGACGACGAACUGAAACCCCUACGAACUCCACAUCUUUCUCAGGAAGAGCUGUUUUCACAGAUAUUCGUUGUUCGUGUUAUGUGUUGGAACAUGUAGACUUUGUGGAUCCACGACGAGACUGUGGAAAAGAUGAGAACUAUUUAAAUGGCAUGAUCUAUAAUGUGUAGAGAUGGACUGAGUUUGUUCACUGGACAGUUUUCGGGGAGGAAAUGCUUUUUUUUUUUUCCUCACAGGGGAUGAAAUUAUUGCCAAUCUUCCCUGGCCGUGCGUCGCCCGCAGGUUGGCUUGAGUCUGUUUCUGCAUCAACUCUCGCACAUCACCGACGGACCUCGCCGUUCCCGACGGCCGCGCUCGGGAUCGCCGCGGCGCUCGUGGCCGUGCGUCCGGGAAGGGAAGGAGCAGAUAAAAAGAUUCCUCACUCAAAGGGCUGAGACAUGGAGCCCUUUGGUUCAAACUAUGCAUUAGAGGACAUUGUAGCAUGAGUGAAAACCUUCAUUAUUGCCAUGACUUCAUUUUCAGUACAUGUACAUAGAGGUUACAUUAAGGCGACAGGUCACUGUGGAAUGAAAUGUGAAACUGUAGCGGUAUGAUAGCGGUCCAGAGAUCUGCA